AUGGUUCGCGGAGGAACUAUCAUCAACAUUUCGGGCACCACGCCCAUUGAAGAUCCCGAGUAUCGGUACAAGAUGCCCGCUGUCUUUGGAAAGAUCGAGGGGUCUGGAAAUGGAAUCAAGACGGCCAUUCCCAACAUUUCCGAUGUCGGCUUGAGUCUUCAUCGCAAUCCUGGUGAAGUCAACAAGUUCUUUGGAUGCGAAUUGGGAGCCCAGACCACGUAUUCGGCCGAUACGGAUCGUGCCAUUGUCAAUGGAGCUCAUACCGAUGGCGUGCUACAGGAAUUGGUCCAUCGCUACAUUGAAAAGUUUGUGCUCUGCCCCAACUGCAAUCUCCCGGAAACCGACUACAAGAUCAAAAAUGGAACCAUUUCGCACAAAUGUGCUGCCUGUGGAGCCAAGGAAAUGGUCGAUAUGACACACAAACUCUGCAAAUUCAUCAUUGCGGAGGAUACUAAAGCCAAGAAGCAAAAAGCAAAGAAGGACAAGGACAAGAAGAAAAAGGGCAAAGGCAAGGAUGAUAGUGAUGAUGACAAAAAGAAGAAAAAAGGAAAGAAGGACAAGAAGAAGGACAAGAAAAAAGAUAAGAAGGAUAAGAACGGAGAUGACGACGAGGGAGGCGAGGACUACAUCAAGGAGGCCUUGAUGGGUGGAAAGAAAGCCGACGACGGACUUGGCGACGACGAUGACGGGGACUCGGUCGCGUCGGAAGCUGGUGUUGACGAUGAGGGAGCUCUUUUGCUCGCCGUGGAGGCCACCAAGAAGUUCCUUACGGAGAAUCCAGAAGCCAAGCCUGCUGAUAUUGCCGAAUUGGUGACAAACCAGCAGAUGGCUUCGGCGUUGAAGUCCCAGCAGAAAGUCCAUAUCUUUGUCCAGGCUGCCUUUACUCCUCAAUCCCCCAAGAACAAGGAGGUUGUCAAGUACUCCCCGGCUAUCAUUGCUAUUACCAAGGAAAACGAGGUCAUGGAGAGGCACCUCAUUGCCGCUUUGGAAUUGCUUUGUGUUAGCAAGCCCAAGAUCUUCCCUGUCUUUAUCAAGCAGCUCUACGACGAAGAUGCCCUUCAGGAGACUACCAUCGUUGACUGGGCUGACGCUGGUCGUAGCGACUACACUUUGGCUGCUGUCGACGAAGAUGCCCGUGCUAAUCUCCGCAGUGAGGCAGAGCCCGUUGUUGUGUGGCUCCAGGACGAGGACAGCGAUGAAGAUAGCGACGACGAGUAGAUCAAAUGCUGGCACGGACCGACGGCUCCUUUCGCACUCUAUUCAGACCAGACAGAUUAGGAAAAGUAGGAAUACCUAGUAGUAGCAAACAGAGAUUUU